AUGGUUAUAAAUGAAAGCAAUUCCUCCGAGGAAAGCAUACAUGAGAUACUGCGUCGCACUCUCAGUCCACAAAUUGCUGUAUCCAGUUCUUGCGGUUUUGCUAAUCCCAUAGAAAAGCUAGAGGCUUCGAAUCAAUCCGUCUUUGCAGUUAUUGGGAGGGGGACAUGUGGUACAGUUUUCGAGGUUGCUGGAAGCAAGAUUGCGAUCAAAAAGGGCUCGGAUAAAUACGGACUCUGGGUCGAUGCCAAUAUCACACACGAAGCAAGCCGGGCUGUUAUGGAAAUGAAGGUAUAUUUGGAGAGUAUUUUCCCAGGUUCCUCGAUCCCUCUUGUGCCACAAGUUCAUGGAUGGGUGCACGAUGAAGAGUUGGAAAAGUGGUGGUACAUCAACAGAUCACAGUUCCCUGAUGAUGACAACGAGAUUGGAUUCUUGUUUUACGUGGAGCGCAUCUUGCCGCUUCCGGAAGCCACACGCACAGCACUUAUCAGAAAGUAUUUUCCCAGGGAGUUCCAAGAUAUCUCCCUAAGAGAUCCUAGCAAUAGGACUUGCUUGAUCCGACCAUACCUUGGAAUGAGGCGAACCGAUCACGAGUUGAAGCACCCUGCUGAAACUCUACAAAACUUCCCGCUACAUCUAGACCAGAUGGAAGAGAUAGGUUUGGAUAUAGCACAAUUCUCUCGAGAAAUGGCGAUUGGGCUGGCUAUCAUACACUGGAGAGUGGGCUCGAUGAUCAACCCCUUUAGCGUUCCUGUUAGAAACAUGGCUCGGCGUCCGACUCAUCUAUGGAUGCUGGACUUUGACAAAACUAGUAAGCUCGACUUCAAUGACUGGAAGAAAGCUCGGGGACGAAUGGUCACAGCGGUCACGGGGAACGAUCCUUACUUUCCAAACCCAGCCACAUCGGGUGAGAAGGAGAAACUAGUUUGGUCAAACUUUGAGGAAGUGUAUCUUCAAGCUGCCCGCGCGGUGUUAAAGAUGCAUCCUACACUUUCUGAAAAGGCGAGGACCCGGAAAUAUCCAGAAGCCUUCCUGAUUGACUGGAAGAAGAGAGCUCAAUCGUUGGAGGAAACAAAAGAUGGUUCUUUUAUGAAGUUUGUAGGCUAG